GGAGGCGGCCGGCCUGGCCUCAUUGCGCCGGGGCGGGCACAGCUCCCCGGCCGCCGAGCGCGGUGCCGCCGGGCCCUACGUGCGCGAUCCCGGCGGGGCGGAGUGAGAGGAGGAGCCGGGGCGGCCUGUGCGACAAAGCCCAGUGCGCAGAAAGCUGGUGACCAGGAAGCGGAACGGCACCGGGCUGCCGCGGGGCGGGGGGCGGGCGGACCCCACCUGAGCCCCGCUGCCCCAGCGCUCCCGGGCGGGAGCCGAGCCCUGCGGCCCCACGGCUCGGGGCCAAGUGCGGCCGGCGCUGCGGGGCGGCCGUGCUGCCGCUAAGCCGCUUAGGGCCGGGCUGGCAUGAGCCUCCCCGGCGGGGCGGCUGCGGGCUGCGCGCUGCGGGGCGGCUGAGGGUGCGGAGCCGUCCGUCGUAAGGAGGGGGAGAAAGCGGAGGGGACGCCCCUGCUCCCCGGGGGGAAGGAAAAUGGGGAACUGCCUCAAGUCCCCCACAUCAGAUGACAUCUCGCUGCUCCACGAGUCCCAGUCGGACCGGGCCAGCUACGGGGACGGGGCUGAGCCGGAUCAGGAGCCGCCGCCGCCAUAUCAGGAGCAAGUCCCCGUUCCUGUGUAUCACCCAACCCCUAGCCAGACCCGGCUGGCAACGCAGCUGACAGAGGAAGAGCAGAUCCGAAUAGCGCAAAGGAUAGGCCUUAUCCAGCACCUACCGAAGGGAGUCUACGAUCCUGGAAGAGACGGCUCUGAGAAGAAGAUCAGAGAGUGCGUUAUUUGUAUGAUGGACUUUGUGUAUGGGGACCCUAUCCGAUUUCUGCCAUGCAUGCACAUCUACCACCUGGACUGUAUAGAUGACUGGUUGAUGAGAUCCUUUACCUGUCCAUCCUGCAUGGAGCCAGUGGAUGCAGCACUGCUUUCAUCAUACGAGACUAACUGAGCCAGGGUUUCUCCGUGAACCUUCAAGGAGACCAUCCACGUCAAUGGGUUUGAUCCUUUUGUCAUUCAGCCCAAAGAGCCAGAAAUUAGGAAUUAAGGUCAUGCACAAAACAUACAUUUCCUAAUGAAUAAAAAAUACUCCUGAAUGGCUGCAAAUAUUGGGAAAAAAAAAAAAAAGCAUAGUAUUUUAGAGACUAUAGAAAAAGUAGGUUGUUAUUUUUAAUGUAAAGCCUUGACCCAGCGUUGUCUUUAAUGUUUGUUCUUACACCCGUAUAUAGGAAUUGUAAAGUGUUACAGCAACUGUAAAUGUUUAAACUGCGUGUAUCCAAUUUUAUUAGCAGUAAGAUAAGAGUAUUUUUUUUUUCCUAAAUAAAGUAACUUUUUUUUUUCCUGAUUCUUUUCACAAGUCCUGGCAUUUGGGUCAAGGCUUUAUUAAAAUCUACAUUUUAUAACACUGGCACAAAGAAAUAGUUUUAAGCUUGUUUGCACAGUUCUUUUUUUUUCUUCCUUUCUUUUUUCUUUUUCCCUCCACUGGAGAUGGAAUUCAUUGCCUUAGGUCUUUUUAAUAGUGUAAUGUUAUUGUUGGGCUGGCUCUAUGCUUGAAAACCAGUUUAUUUAUAACCUGUUACAAGUGCUAUAUUUUGUUUGCAGUUAGGAAUAUGCAGACUUCAAAGUGAUCUCCUAGCUUGUAAGCAAACUGAGAUGCAUUAUCCCUUUUCUGCAAGUGAUGGUGGAUAUAAAGAUACGGAAUGGGUCCUGCAACUGAGAGUAUGAUACCAUGGCUGUUAGAACUCACUUCAGUUUGCACUAAACAAAUCUUUACAUGUGGAUGUCUACCUGAACUUGACCAAGGUAAAAGUGGGCCAAGAUGGACAGUAAAUAAGCAGUGAAGCUGCCAUAAUUGGAAACAAAGAAAUUGGAACUAAAAUAGCGUUAGCAGCAAUUACUUAUUUUAUCUUUUUUCUCCCUAAAAAAUGGUUGCCUUGAAUUGCAGCAGACGGAUACUGCAUCUCUUGUUCUUGUAGUUCUUAGGUUUCAGAAGUUAAGAAUAAACAUACUGUAUCUCAGUCUCCUGUAUUACAUGUAUCUGUUAAGCCCUGCUGGCUGACACAUCAGUCCACCAUGCAGAUAAGAAAUCUUACCAAGCAAAGAAAAAGUAUUUUGUUCUGCGCAUAAAUGCAGCAUCUAAAUGAAUGCAGAUCGUCACAGCAGCAAUGGAGGGGGAAAAUAGAACUGCUGGAGUCACAGUGACAACAUUAGCUCAUUUCUGCAGCAAAAUUAUGUGCUUAUUAAGAGGUGGUUGCAAGAUUGUAGCUGUAAAGAACUUUUAUCCAUUUAGGGUGGGUUUUUUUCCUUUUUCUUUCUUAACGUGCCCUGCAGUGACUUGUAUACAUUCAGUGCAGCGCUGAUCCAUUUUGAAGUCUUGGUCUUGCAGAAUGAGAUGCAAAUCUCACAUAACCACAGCGAAUCAGGGAACGUUCUUGUUUGUUUUUCACGUGCUGUUUGAGUACUUGUUCUAUCGAGUUGUGUUUGAAGACCCCAAGUACUUUUGACCUUGUGUAUCAACCAGCUACAACUGUGCAUGGCACGGAUACUUUGUGAAGGGUUGGUGAGCAAAAGGCAGAACCAACACGUUGAUUUAUUUAUUACUCCUAUAGCUGAUAGCAACCUGCUCCCUUAUUGAGGAACUCCAAGCCGCAGUUGGAAACAAAGCAGUCUACAGUCCUACAUUCACUCAAAUUCUACAGAUUUACCCGGACACAAUUUUGUGCUUAAUUCAUACAUACAUGCUUACAUGGAGCAAAAUCGGGGCGGACAGACCUGAAGUUGUGCAAUAUUUUUCAGUGCAAAAUAAUUGUUCCUUUUCAUCAUU